CUCAAGACGAGCAUAACAGGUGAACAUCUAAUUCGCCCAGAGCUUCCGCUUUUUUUCGCGUUCAGCUCCGCGCUCCGACGAAUACCGUGAGAGUCAGGGCAGGAAAGGAUAAACCUCUCUGGGCCACUGUCUUGACAAAUGCACAGCCUCGUCACUUGGCGCCGUGGGAAAGCGCUAUCUCCUCUCAAUCUCCUUUCUCUGACCAUCGAGCUCUGAGGGUCAAAAGGGCUACCCCGUCUCAUGAAAUAUAUAAACCCCUCUCUCCCGGGCGGAAGUCUGAAAACCCUUACCCAGUUCUGCUUCUCAGCACUUGGCACAACGUAUCCGCUGCUUUUUCUAUCUCACCCGUGCACUUGUCGUCUAAUUCCGACAUAAGGACCGACUUAAGGACGAUGCAAAUAAGAAUGCGUCUUCUCGCCUUCGCUGUCGCCGCCUCCGCACUCUUCCACAUCCGUUCUACGCAGGCAGAGGAGCAGGAGCGAUUUCCCCACGUACGCUACCACUAUAAGGUGCUAACGAAAAGGAUCAAAGAUCCUAUGCUCAUCGUGGGCAUCAAAGUUGGGGAGGCAGUGGCACACCAGCAAAAAUUCAGCGAUAAGGACUGGAACGAGGCUCGCGGUCUCUUCACCCACAGCAUAGUCCAGGGCAUGGGUUUACUAGACUUCAAUCGCAAAGAUUGGCCCGGAGCUUUAUGUGUCAUCGACGGUUCUGUCAAGUUCAGUUCGGAUUCGUGCCGAUCCGACAAGGUCGCCCUGGAAUUUUUUCCGGUCGGCCACGACAUGACCUCGGACAAGUGAGUCAUGUCUGGACGCGGCUGCCAGGCUUGACUAGCUGACCAUGCUGCGCGAUAGAUACGACUGCUACUACAUGCGCGGUGGUGGCUGCACAGCACACAUCGAAACAAAACCCGGCUAUCAGAACCGUUGCGUCAGCAGACGUUUCGACCGCUGCACUUGGGUUGACAGUCAUUAUCGCUGUGAUUAAAAGAAGCCUCU